AUGGAGCUCACGAGCUACACUUCUGAUGCCUAUGAAGGGUUUCUGCCAAAUAACCUGAGUUUCCCCUUCACCCCUGACCUUCUCCUAAAGCUCAGUUCCGUUCGCGAAUACUUUUACUCGCGCGUAACUGCCGCCGCCUCCUGCAAAACCCCCUUCAAGCUGUCCACCCAAUUCUCCCCUCUCUCCAACACACGUACAGACGGUGUUCACGACUCUACCCUUUUCUACUCAUCGGAAAUCUCGCACACUUCUACUGACGAACCGGAGGAAUUCAUCGAUACUAAAACCUCCAGCCUUCUCCCCCUCUUCGAGCACUUGCCAAUCUACGGCAAGGCCUCCUUACCUGUUAUCACCGUCCAGCACAUCGAGAAAUCUGUCGAAGCCGAAGCACCACUUUCCAAGCUCCCAUCGUUAGACCCCCCAAGUAAGAAAAAAAACUUCACCGCUGCGUUGAGUUUGUUCAAGAAAAUCGUCAACCAGUCCUCCACUAAGUCCUCCGACCCCGGCAAAAAAAAAAUCAAGUCCGUCGAGCAAGAACGUAAGAUGAGGCAAAAGGCCCAAGACAAGUUCAUCAGCGACAUGAGUCAGCCAAAGAACAGAAACAGUACGUAUCUUUAUUAA